AGCAAAACGCAGCAUAAGCAGUGUGUGACAGCCACUUCCACUGUCUAACUGGACGCAACAGCCAUGGAUUCAUCACCCGCCGCUGCUGAGGAUGCAGGACUGACAAGGCGAGACGACGAAGGCAACGGCGAUGCGAGGAUGGAGAGGAGCGGGAGCGUCCGCAGAGAUCUGGGACUGGAGUGGGCGAUCAGGCGAGAGCAAAUGGACAGCAACAUCAGGCUUUUACUUCAAAAGAACCUGGAGAUACGACGAGAAAUCAGGAAACUUGAAAGACUGAAAAAAAUAAUAGAGCAGGAGUGUGAGAAGACGCCGGCCAUCGGGGUGGAGAAGGGCUCGGAGGAAGAGGAGGGAAACAGACAAGAGGCCGGAGCAGCGGACCCGGAAGGCAGUGUUGAUGAAGAUGAAGAUGAAGAUGAAAAUGAGGCGAUGGUUAUGCACCACUGGGCGAUUUGCAAACUUAAGAUUCUGGUGUCCAGUUUCGGCAUCAUCACUAGCUUGUGGAGUCUGGGCAACAACACAAUAGAGGAGAGUGACGACGACGACGACGAAGAGCAAGACAACGAGGAGUCGGACGAGACGCUGGAAGAGGAAGAGGCGAUUUUCGUCAAAAAGAAAGAGGAGAGUGCUGAGUGUCUGGACCCGGCGGUGUGAAGUGUUUCCCCGGGCGGGCCGAGAGUCAGGGACAUCUGAGGCCAGAGGAAACCCUCUCCUGAACCUUAAAACUGUAAACUGACAAAACGUCUCAACCACAUGUUUUUUUUGUGUGUGUGUAUGUGUGUAAUAAAGAUUU